AUGUGGAAACUAGACUUGCUAGAGGCUAGUUUUGAAAAUGCUCCUCCCAGGUACCCUCACACCAAGAAGUUGUUGUUUGCAUUGAAGCAUAAGAACAAGUUGGCAAAGAAACUACCGACAAACAAGGAGGAGGCGAAAGAGGAGAUCAAGAAACUAAAAGCUCUAUAUUUUGGUCAAAAGUACCAUGCUGCAUAUAGCAAGUUGGAUAAGGAGAUUAGGAAUUUUAUCAAGCAAAAGAAAGCACCUGACGUGUUUGGAAAGGACGAAUUUCUUCAACAAUUGAUAACUUCAAAAUUAAUCAAAUGCAUUGGAUCCACUAUUUUGUCAAGCAAACAAUUGAAAAGCAACCCACCAGACUACAUUCCCGAAAAUAUCAGGAAACACAUCUUGGACAAGUCCAGCCCUUUCAACCCAUCACAGUUUUUUGUACAAUACUGCCAAAAUUCCAAAGAGGUAAACAAUUACUGUUCAAAUCUAUGGAAUAACAAAAGUGUCAAAUCGACAUUGGGCGAUAUAGAAUGGAGCUUCAAAAUGGUUAGGGGAAACUUAUCGAAGCAAGAUUUUGAAGAAAGACGAAAACAAACUGGAAGGGCUGUAAAUGAAAAUCAAAACCUGGAUGAUGGAGAAAAUGAUGAUAUAUCAGAUGGAAGCUCGGACAAUUCGGCCGAAAGUGACUUGGACGAUGAGGAGAAACUAGCUGAAUUUGAUGGAAUGGUUGCUGCAUCGGAUCAAGAUGACGACGAGUCUGACGAAGGUUUAAACCCAGAGAUAAACUACAAUGAGGUCACUGACGAAGAGCCUUCGGAAGCAGAAAACGAUGAUGAUGAUGAUGAUGAUAGUGAUGAUUUUUUUGACGAAGAGCCGUCGAAAAAGAAGUCAAAAACUGGCAGUAUAGAUGACGAAUACAACUUGCCUGAACUAGCUCAAGGUUAUUAUUCAGGAGGUUCCGACGAUGAAAGUGACGACGUAGACAACGAUGACGUGGUCAAGUCCAUCACUCAACAGCGGAAAAAUCGAAGAGGCCAAAGAGCUAGACAGAAAAUUUGGGCCCAAAAGUAUGGUAAAGAAGCAAAACAUAUCGUCAAGAAUAGGGAGCGAGUCCAAAGCGAACGUGAAACAAGACAACGUGAAUAUGAAGAGAGACAAAGAAAGAGAGAAUUGAAAGCGCAAUUGUUGGCUGAAAAACAGAAACCGACCGGUGCUAAUACGGAGCCUCUAGGUGAGCGCAAGUUUAGAGAAUUGUCAGCUACUCCUACUGAAGAUAAGAAGAUCCAUCCAUCAUGGGAAGCUAAGAAACUAGCUGAAGAGAAAUUGAAAAAUGUUAAAUUUCAAGGUAAGAAAAUCACUUUUGAUUGA